AAGUAAAAAACACAGACAACUGUGUUCUCUCAUGUUUAAACCUGACACAGCAAGACAGCAGCCAUUCCUGAACUAAACUGACUGAGGUAGAGAUGGAGUAUUCCACCAAAACUAUUGCUGCUGGCUGCUUUGGGAAGAUCUACAGGGAGAAGUACAAUGACACCUGGGCUGCAAUCAAGAAGGUGCCACACCACUUAAUCAAUAGGAGAGACCUGGAGAGAGAGUGUCAAGUAUACAAUAAGGCAAUUCAUCCUAACAUAGUGAAGCUUCUGGGUAAUCCAACACUCAAGGACUCUAAGUGGAUCAUCCCCAUGGAGUUCAUCUUUGGAGAAGAACUGGAGACAACCAUCUUCAAAUCACAAAAAUCUCAAAUCCAGUUAACUCCAUCUGUAAAGGCCACCAUCAUCACAGGCAUGUGUGAAGGACUACUUCACCUACACAGCAAAGAUAUCGUCCAUCAGGACCUCAAGCCUGAGAACAUCAUGGUAGAACAUGACACUCACCGAGCUGUGAUCAUUGAUAUGGGGCUGGCCAAAUUCUUCCGCAAUGGCCUAAAUUCUGCUGUGGAUAUGGGCAACGAGGCCUACUCUUCCCCAGAGGUCCUGCAGAGGCGGGGCCAACGAGACCAGCGUUCAGACGUGUGGGCUAUGGGUAAAAUCAUUGCUGAGCUCUGUGCCAGAGUUAGGCUGCACACCCCUAGUGUCUGUCCGGCUAUGAUCUAUGAAAUCCUCAGUCUCCAAGGCCAGCAGUACUGUAAUGCUGUCUGUAGGAUGGUGCAGAGCGACCCCACAGUGCGAGCCACCAUGGCCGGGAUCAUGCCAGAGAUGCGAAGGGCAGGGGGAGGUGGCAACACCGGGGAGCAACAAAGAGGACAUCUUCCGACACCCUUUCCUCACACUGAGGUAAAAGACACAUCGCCACGUCCUCAUGCUCCCCCGCUAUCAAGAGCUGAGUGCACAGCCUUGCCAAAGAUUGAGGUCAAGACGACACUGCAACCACAACCCAUACAGCGGUCACCUUCCCCGGCAAGAUGGGAGCAUGCAGCCUUGCCAAUGACUGAGGUCAAGAUGACACUGCAACCACAACUCGCACAGCGGUCACCUUCCCCGGCAAGAUGGGAGCAUGCAGCCUUGCCAAUGACUGAGGUCAAGACGACACUGCAACCACAACCUGUACAGCGGUCACCUUCCCCGGCAAGAUGGGAGCAUGCAGCCUUGCCAAUGACUGAGGUCAAGACGACACUGCAACCACAACCUGUACAGCGGUCACCUUCCCCGGCAAGAUGGGAGCAUGCAGCCUUGCCAAUGACUGAGGUCAAGACGACACUGCAACCACAACCUGUACAGCGGUCACCUUCCCCGGCAAGAUGGGAGCAUGCAGCCUCUCCAAAGCCUGAAGUCAAGAACUCACCAUCUCCCCUUCCAAAGGUAGACCAGGGUAAUGCACUGGUGGUUCCAUCAGGCAUGGUUCAACCCAGUCAAGAUGUCAUGAAACAACUUCUCUUCAAAGAGGCCCCAAAGGGUCUCCCAUGCCCACUCCCCACAACGGGAAAGGUGCGAAUCCGCCGCUAUGAGCAAAGGAAUGGGGAAGUGGAGACUUGGGAGCAAAAUGAGGUAGAGACUGAAGGAGGGAGGAUAGUCAAGUUUGAGAAUGUGAUGUUUAACAACAACAAAGCACCCCCACAACAUCACACAUCCUCCUCCAUGCUUCACGGUGGAAACUACACAUCCAGAGAUCUAAUGAAAUUAUUCUCUGCAGCAGAGAUGGCGUAUUCCACCAGCACUCUUGCUGCUGGCUGCUUUGGGAAGAUCUACAGGGAGAAGUACAAUGACACCUGGGCUGCAAUCAAGAAGGUGCCACACCACUUAAUCAAUAGGAGAGACCUGGAGAGAGAGUGUCAAGUAUACAAUAAGGCGAUUCAUCCUAACAUAGUGAAGCUUCUGGGUAAUCCAACACUCAAGGACUCUAAGUGGAUCAUCCCCAUGGAGUUCAUCUUUGGAGAAGAACUGGAGACAACCAUCUUCAAAUCACAAAAAUCUCAAAUCCAGUUGACUCCAUCUAUAAAGGCCACCAUCAUCACAGGCAUGUGUGAAGGACUACUCUAUCUACACAGCAAAGAUAUUGUCCAUCAGGACCUCAAGCCUGACAACAUCAUGGUAGAACAUGACACUCACAGAGCUGUGAUCAUUGAUAUGGGACUGGCCAAAUUCUUCCGCAAUGGCCUAAAUUCUGCUGUGGAUAUGGGCAACGAGGCCUACUCUCCCCCUGAGGUCCUGCAGAGGCAGGGCCAGCGAGAUCAGCGCUCGGACGUGUGGGCUAUGGGUAAAAUCAUUGCCGAACUCUGUGCCAGAGUCAGGCUGCACACCCCCAGCGUCUGUCCAACUAAGAUCCAGGAGACCCUCAGUCUCCAAGGCCAGCAGUACUGUAACGCUGUCUGUAGGAUGGUGCAGAGAGACCCCACAAUGCGAGCCACCAUGGCUGGAAUCAUGCCGGAGAUACAAAGGGCAGGGGUGGAUGGCGGUGGCGGCAACACCGGGAGGCAGAAAAGAGGACAUCUUCUGACACCCUUUCCUCACACUCAGGUAAAAAAUGCAUUGCCACGUCCUCAAGCUCCUGUACAGCGUUCACCAUCUCCAUCGAGAUUUGAGCGCAGUGCUUUACCAAUGCCUGAGGUCAAGACAGUAGUGCCAUCUCCUGUGCAAGCGCCUUCUCCAUCGAGAUGGGAGCGGGCAGCCUUGCCAAAGACUGAGGUCAAGAACUCACCAUCUCCCCUUUCAAAGGUAGACCAGGGUAAUGCUCUGGUUCCAUCAGGCAUAACUCAACCCAGUCAAGAUGUCAUGAAACAGCUUCUCUACAAAGAGGCAUCGAGGGAUCUCCCAUGCCCACUCCCCACAACGGGAAUGGUGCGAAUCCGCCGCUAUGAGCAAAGGAAUGGGGAAGUGGAGACUUGGGAGCAAAAGGAGGUGGUGACUGAAGGAGGGAGGAUAGUCAAGUUUGAGGAUGUGAUGUUUAACAACAAGACGUAAGAAGGUUAUUGAGAGGUUGUGAAAUAGUUGGGAGUUGAUUUGACUGUGCUUCUCCAGAGCAUGGGCCACUCCCCUUCCGUCCUUCAAUGUAAAAGUCUGACAUGUUUUUGAAAAAGGUGAAAGACUGUAUUUGGGAAAGGGAUAAGCUAAUGGAAUAAUUCUAAUGUCCAGUGAAACGACACUAUGUAAUCAUACAUUUACACAUUUUCUUACUACGGUAGACUAAAUGUAUAUACUGUAUGAAUAUAUAUAUAUAUAUAUAUAUAUAUAUAUAUAUAUAUCUCAACAACAAUAAAAGUUGUAUUGCACUGUUAAGAAGGAAACCUAAGGUUGAGUAAGGAUUCACGAAUGAUGUUUGAAGGACUAUAUCACUUUACAGUAUUGCUACAAUAACUAUCUGUGAACGUUUUUGAAAUCUCAUCCCUCUUGCAAAUCAGUUGUAUCUUUAGCUUGAUAUACAUUUGACUGUGAACAUAAUAAAAAGCAUUUGUCUUGUAUCAUCUAAGACAAGAAGAUCUUACAUUUAGCUUACA